AUGGGUCUUGUAGAAAGUAAGAUUCUCCUUCAGAAGCUGCAAAAUAUCUGCUACGAGGCAGAAACGCAAGGCUCCACUCGGAUAGAUGUGAUCUUGCGGGAUACAGAGACGAUUCAACUCCUCAAGUCUUCGUGGACAUACAUUCCCGAAGAUGCUCGAAGAAUCAUCGUUGGGAAUCCUUUGUCUCACGAUACUCGCAUCACCAACGGCAACACAGCAAGAAAGCCCGCGAAGCGUUUGAAAUCAUCACAACCCCGCCCGCCUCGCAAAAGAAGAAAUGCCACAAAAGCUCAAAUUUGCCUUUCCAGUUCCAUCUCAAGUAAUAUUUCCCGUUGGGCGAAAAAUCCAUCUGAUUUCUUCCUCAAUGCCGAUGAGACAAUUGCCGACUUUGAGGCGCCUGCUCUGAGCUUCUUUUAUCGAAGUCUGUUACACUGCGAGCAUCGCAUAGACAAUGACUUGAUUCGAUCGCGGUUCCUGAAGGUUCUCUUUUCCAAGCUGAAACAUAAAUUAGGUCUAGAAAGGCUUCAUUCACACAGUUCGGAAAUCCUCGCCAACAUCAUUUUAGAAUCUUCGUUAGUGGGCCAUGAUCAAGAUGAUAUCAAGGAGAACAUUACGCAAUGGUCAAAGGAAGGAAGCAAGAUCGAUAACCUGUGCCGUGACAUUGAUGAUAGUUCUGAUGAUGGGUACCGGUAUCUUGGGGUUUUAUUCUACUUGCCAGGAGAUGUUGGAAAAGAAUAG